GACCUGAGUUUGCGUGUUUCUGUGCCCCGCCGUCUCCGUUCCUGCCGGCACCGCGGCCUUGCUCACAGCUGUUGCGCCGAAAGAGAGGCUUUUAACAGGUGUUUAUUGUUCACCUCCUGGUGUAAAGACUAAGCAAUUGGGAGGCCAAAGCCUGGUUUCGAGCCCCCGCCCGUUGUCGGGCUCGGUUUCGCCGCCUGGGUCCUCCAGUAGCCUUGCGGGGCGGCUAGCGGCGCCCCCAUUUACGGACGCGGAGGCCGGGGCGCGGGGAUGGACCGGGAGACGCGCGUGCUCGCGGAGAAGCACUUCCAGGGUCUCCGGGGGCGUCUCCCGGGCGGGGUCCGCCGGGCCCCAGACUGCGUGGACUUCAUCGAGAGGCCGGACGCCUUUUCCUACGCCGACUUCUUUAAGGGCUACCUGCUCCCCAACGUGCCCUGUGUUUUCUCCAGCGCCUUCACGGAGGGCUGGGGCAGCAGGAAGCACUGGGUGACCCCCGACGGGAAGCCCAACUUGGAUUAUCUGCUUCAGAACUACGGAGACAUAGUUGUACCUGUUGCAAACUGUGGAGUACAGGAAUACAACUCCAACCCCAAGGAGCACAUGCCCCUCAGAGACUACAUCAGCUACUGGAAAGCAUACAUCCAGGAGAAUGAUUCCUCCCCGAAGGGCUGUCUUUACCUCAAAGACUGGCAUCUGUGCAGGGACACCUCGGCAGAGGAUGUGUACUCCCUGCCAGUGUACUUCUCCUCAGACUGGCUGAACGAGUACUGGGACGCCAUCAAUGUGGACGACUACCGCUUCAUCUACAUGGGGCCCGCGGGCACCUGGUCACCAUUCCACGCCGACAUCUUCCGCUCCUUCAGCUGGUCCGUCAACGUCUGCGGCAGGAAGAAGUGGAUCUUGUUUCCGCCCGGGCAGGAAGAAGCCCUGCGGGAUUGCCACGGCAGCCUGCCCUAUGAUGUGACCUCGCCUGCGCUCCUUGACGUCCGCCUGCACCCGGCGCGUGCGCACUGCAGCCCGCCUCUGGAGGUCACGCAGGAGGCAGGCGAGAUGUUGUUCGUGCCCAGCGGAUGGCACCACCAGGUCCACAACCUGGAGGACACCAUCUCCAUCAACCACAACUGGGUCAACGGCUGUAACCUGGCCCCCAUGUGGCACUUCCUGCAGCAAGAGCUCCGCGCCGUGCAGCGGGAGAUCAGCGAGUGGAGAGAUGCCAUGCCUGACUGGUACCACCACUGCCAGGUGAUCAUGAAGUCCUGUACAGGAAUCAAUUAUGAAGAGUUUUACCACUUCCUCAAGGUCAUCGCUGAAAAGAGGCUCCUCACCCUGGCCAAUGGGACAGGCACUGGGACAGCGGGGAGUGUUGACGACACCAGGCUGGGUGCUCAGCAGGCUGCUUUCGAUGUCAGUCGGAUCACUGAGGUGCUGGCGUCCUUGAUCGCCAAUCCAGACUUCCAGAGAGUGGACACCAGCACCUUCUCGCUGCAGCCGGAGGAGCUCCUGCAGCAGCUGGAGGAGGCCGUCACUGCCACUGCAUCCCUGUAAUGCUCAUCAGGGAAGGCUGGCGAUGCGGACACAGGCGGACGUGUAGGGACUCAGCCCCACUGUCCACCAGGGCACUGA